AAUAACAUCAGCAAAGCCGUGGUCGGUAAACUUUCCAGCAUUUGUGCCUGUUCAAGAAAAGCGAAUUCGAACUGAAAAGAAAGCUUCAAAUCAUGUCUAAAACUCAAAUCACCACAGUGCAUGGGAAUAGCAUCCCUGCUGCUGGUCUUAAAGUUAAAGAUGACGGCGGAAAACAGGCCCGAAGAAUCAGAAAUGCUCUUGGCACGAUUACUAACAUUUCCCGAGUGCCGAUAGUGCAGAAAACGAAGAAAACUUUAUCUAAGGUUCCGAGUACUAAAACAACCUUGGCUCGGAAGGAAGCUGUCUCGAAAGAAUCGUUGCAGUGUGAGACAGAAUCUGUUGGGUUGAAAGCUUUAGCUUUGGAAAAAAUUGAUUAUAAAGAUGUCGUGGACAUUGACGCCGAAGACAUGGAUAAUCCGUUUUGCUGUUCAGAAUAUGCCGAGGAAAUAUAUCGUUAUUUAAAGAAACGCGAGGAGAUCUAUCAAGUGCCUGAAAACUACAUCCAGUCGCAUAAAGAGAUCAACGUAAAAAUGCGCGCUAUCCUGGUGGACUGGUUAAUAAGCGUUCAUGAAAAAUUUAAGUUAACACAGGAAACGCUAUUUUUGGCUAUUUCGAUCUUGGAUAGAUAUCUUGCCGUCAGCCAUACGGAGAAGAAAACAAACUUACAACUGAUUGGUGUCACGGCAAUGUUUUUGGCCUCAAAAAUAGAAGAUAUUUAUGCUCCAGAUAUCCUUGAUCUCGCCUACGUGACGGAUUAUUCCUGCAGUUCUGAUAUGAUCAAAUCGUAUGAAAAGAAGAUGUCCACGCAACUGGGCUUCAAUUUCGGUGAUCCUUUGUGCAUAAACUUCCUCAGAAGAAACUCUAAAGCUUUAAAGGCGACAGCAGAACAACAUGCGUUAGCAAAAUUCUUCAUGGAAUUAAUGCUCUUGGAUUACGAGUGUUGCGUUACCUUUCCGCCCUCGCAGCGGGCUGCAACCGCACUUUAUGUCGCGAUGAAAAUCACCGAUAACUCGUCCUGGAACGCUACCUUGGUACACUACAGUUCCUAUUCGGAAGCAUCGUUAAAACCAUGUAUGAUCAAGGUUGCCAGUUUAAUUUUAAAGUCUUUAAGUAACCAAACCCAGCUGGAGUCAGUCAGGCGAAAAUACAGCCGAGAAAAGUUUGGUAGAGUUGCUACAUCACCGUGUUUGACUUCCGCCUUCAUCACGGAACUCCCAAAAGAAAAAUAGUCCAUUUCGGCCAUUUGAAAUUUAAUUGAAUCUUCUUGUAAAUAAGAAAACGAAUAUAAUA